AUGUCAUCGGUCGCUGCAGCCAAAGCUGGUGGUGAGGGCACAGCCGUCAUUCUGGGUGCAUCUGGAGCGGUUGGAAAGCACCUGCUCUCGCAGCUCGUUGGGCCCGAGUCUCCCUACUCGACCGUUCUAUCCUUUGCGCGUCGACCGCAUCCUUCGCCGCCGCCUGUCUCGCCCAACGUCACGUUCAGCGAGAUCCUAGUGGACUUCGACGCCAUCCACUCUGGCUCCUCCACCGAACUCUCCAAACUCACCACCGCACCUACUGCCAGCUCGAUCUUCAUCACCAUGGGAACCACGCGCGCGGCAGCGGGCAGCAUGUUAGCGUUCGAACUCAUCGACCGAGAAUACGUCCUCUCCACCGCACGCGCGCUCCACAAACCUUCUUCCAACCAAACUCUCCUCUACUGCUCCUCCUCCGGCUCUUCAUCUUCCUCCCCCUUCCCUUACCUCAAAAGCAAAGGUCUCACCGAACAAGGUCUCGCCUCCACCUUCGCGAACACCAUCAUCUUUAAACCCGGUUACCUAGCAAAUGCCGAACGUCCAGGAACGAGGAUCCUCGAAAAACUCUCCGCUCCUUUCGUAGGUCUGUUGGCCAUCGCAAGCGAUAGCGUACAGGCUGACGUAAGGUAUGUGGCAAAAGCCAUGGUGAGGGCCGCGACAAUGGGUACGGACGAGCUGAAGAAUAAGGGGUUGGGUGUGACCCCCGGUGAAGGGUUCAAGUUGGAUGAGGGCAAGGGUAGGGAGGGCGUGGCAGUGGUGGGUAACGCUAGCAUUUUGAAGCUCGCCAAGGAGUAG